GUUUCCGUGCUCCAACUAACACUUGGUACUUAGCCCUACCCAAUGCCUAUUUUGGCAAACUUGAGUUUGAAGUGAAAAAGCCCUCUCUCCACGUCUCACUUGUUAUGUAGCAGUUGAUUUCUAGCCUACUUUAUGCAUGUAUAUAUAACAGAAUCUCCCCCCAUCGCCCUUAUCAUCUCCAUUUCAGUUGCCUUUGGAAUGCAAAAAUGGCCAACUAUCUCGCCUUCCAUCUUUGUCUAAUAAUGUUCGAGCUUAUAGCAGUCACUUCGGCGAACAUGAAAGCAUCAUACGGAGGAGGGGAUGAGAACCAGAUGCCCUUCGGCACGCCCCCUUUCUGCCCCGAGGCAGAAUCCAUCAUCUUCUAUUGGGUCAAAACUGCCAUUGCUGAGGACCCUCGAAUGGCAGCGUCUCUGCUUCGACUCCAUUUCCAUGAUUGCUUUGUCAAUGGGUGCGAUGCUUCAGUGUUGUUGGACGAUAACGACAACUUUGUUGGUGAGAAAACUGCAGCUCCAAAUGCGAACUCGCUGAGAGGAUUUGAAGUGAUUGAUGCCAUCAAAUCCGAGAUCGAAUCUGUUUGUCCACAGACAGUUUCAUGUGCUGACAUUCUUGCAAUUGCAGCCCGAGACUCUGUCGUUCUUUCUGGAGGACCUGUGUGGAAAGUGGAAUUUGGAAGAGGAGACAGCCUGAGUGCUAGCAAAACAGCAGCACAAAACAACAUUCCUGCGCCUAACUCCACUGUGGCCACUCUAGUUUCAAAGUUCCAGAACCUUGGCCUUUCUCUCAGAGAUAUGGUUGCUCUCUCAGGGGCGCACACGCUGGGACUAGCACGAUGUGUUUCAUUCAGUUCUAGGCUGCAGAAUAACGGGAACAGUCCUAACGAAGGAGCAAACCAAGAGUUCAUCGAGUCACUAAAACAGCUCUGCUCAGAAUCUGGUAACACCUCGACACUGGCACAUCUCGACCUUGUAACCCCAGUCAUGUUCGACAACCAGUAUUACAUCAAUCUUCUCACUGGAGAAGGGUUGCUCCAGUCUGAUCAAGUUCUUGUAACUAGUGAUCCCCAAACUAGAGAAAUAGUAGAAACUUAUGCUGUGGACCCGAUUGCUUUCUUUGAAGACUUCAAGCAGUCAAUGGUGAAAAUGGGAAGCCUCAAACCACCCGUUGGAACACAGACAGUGAUCCGAACUAACUGUCGUACUCCGAGCUAAGCUAGAUUAUGUUAAAUUUCAAUAUCUAAGAGCACCAAAAAUUGAACAAAAGAUUAUAUAACUUGCUGAAUUGGAGAAGGUACUAUUGUCAACUAGUAUUUCAAGUGAAUGAAUCAUAGCUACAAAAGAA